UCCACCGUGUGUGGCAGCGCGCGCAACAUUGUCGGAGGCUUUAAGUAGGUGUCGAGGUUGUCAUGGCGGCUUUUACUCGGUGGAGCUUUGGGAAGGACUUAAAAUAGGAAAUGUUAGGGUUAUUUUGUUAGGAAGUUUGUUUGUGUAGGGUUUAGGGACAUUUAAUUUCUUUUUUAUGUAUAAAAAGUGUUUAUGGCUGACAGAAGAACUGAGGUUUUCGACUACUGCUGGAGAUGGAGUGAGGGUUUAAUGAACACUAUGACUUAGGAUAGAAUGGUUUAGAAAUUCAAUUUUUUUUUGUUGACAAACUACUAUAUAAAAUUAAACAAAAACGGUUAAUGUAUUAAUAAAUAUAUCGAAUUUUAAACUGUUCAUUUGGCAAGUAGGCGACAUUUAUUUCUUACCAUGUUGGAGAAAAUGGAUGAAGUAAAGAAAAUGUCAAAGCCAGCCUGCUUUGGUUUGUUACUGACUGCAGUAAUUGCCUGUGUGUCUGGCGAGUUUAUUCAACCCCCUCCGUCCCUGGCGCUGCGCUCCUAUGCCGAGGAGGAGACUCGACUGCCAUGUGUAUUUAAACCGCAGGACGGUGACCGGGUGGUCCAGGUGACCUGGUAUACAGAAAAGAGCAACGGUGUCAAGGAGCAGAUCAUCACCAGACACAUGUCAGAGGGGCUACAAGAGUUUCCUAGCUUUUCAGGCCGUGUGCGCUUCACAAGUUCUGAUCCAAUUAAAGACUCCACGUUGUUGAUUCUGAGUACGAGGGAGUCGGAUCGAGCUACAUACACUUGUCACAUCACCACUUUCCCUUCAGGAAACUUCGAGAGACAAAUCAGCCUUACUGUCUGGAGGGUUCCCAUCUCCACGCUGGAACAAGUCAUCCUGAAGGAGGGUGAGACAUUCCGAGUGGCCGCCACCUGCCGUGCGGUUGGUUUGCCUCCACCACGCCUUUCCUGGGACACGGACGUCCCCGGCCAAUCACAGAACAGGAGCUCAGAGGAUGGGGUCGUCACUUCCCAGUACUCACUGCACCCCCUGCGCAACAUGAACGGGCGCAAACUGGACUGUCUGGUGUGGCACCCUGCACUAGAGCAGCCCCGCAGGCUGAGUAACACAAUUAAAGUGCACUUUCCUCCUGAUGCUACAGUUACUGGUUAUGAUCAGAGCUGGUCAGUUAAUCGGAAGGGGGCUGAGCUCAAGUGUGAGGGUGUAGGUAAUCCUCCACCACACAACUUCACCUGGACCAGGAAGGGUGGGGUUUUGCCCAAGGAUAUAUCUCUAGAGGGGAACAGGCUCAUCUUCAAUCGUGCCCUAAAUAAAUCAGAUGAAGGAGUGUACGAAUGUGAAGCCAGAAACAUGGUGGGAUCGGUGAAGACAGAGGUUAACGUCCAGAUCCCAGACACAUCCAGAUCUUCCGAGCUCGAGGCCUCUUUCAACAACCUCCUCCUUAUCAUAGUGGGUGGAGCUGCUGGGGUUUUAGUUGUCGUCAUGACGAUUAUCAUCCUGCUGGUUAGCUGCCACCAUAAACGCAGGACUAGGAAACUUAAAAUGGAGCUAAACGAGAAAAAGGAGGAGAUCAAUAAUCUUUCAAGGCAGAACUCUAUGAGAAGACUUAACUCAGUCAGUACUGACCCUAGGCUGCAGACUGAAGAAUCCACGUUAAUUGGAAUGGACUUAUAUGGACCUAUAAAAAGCAGUGCCUUUUCACUUGAGGGAGUUGGGUACAGAGAAGCAGACUAUGACAGCCUCGGACGUCCUGCCAUCUACACGUCUUGCCCCUCAGUAAGAGGGAGUGUGAGAAGGAAAGAGACAGAGGUGGAGAGACAAGACCGCAUUCAGAGAACAGCAUCCUAUAUAAAGAGCAGUAAUAUGACAUUGGAUCUAGAUCAUUGCAGGGACCAGAGCCCUGUACCCUUGUCUAUUAGCUCAGUGACUUCAAGAGAAGGAGGAACAGAAAAAGCCUCAUGGGGCCAGAGAGAAGGCAUGCCAGAGGGAGAGGAGGGAGACAACACCCUAAACUCGGAUGAGAUUGCGGAGGCACUCUCGACCCACUUCCACUAUAGCAACGGCGUGCUGAGGCCAAUUAUCAACCAAAACUCUAUCGUACUGCAUUCCCGUUCCCAAAUCAUAUAACAACGAGGCGAACAAAGAGUUUCUAGACUGCGUGUCAUUCCUGCAGUCUUUUCAGGACACUUGGUGGUCCACUAGAGCUCAUCCUGCUCGCUGCUUCAUCUGACCAACGAGUUUAUUCUAUACUCCCUGGAGCACAUGUUAAUACCAUAAGCAGGUGAGCACAUAUCGUAACCGAUGGUCACCUCAGAUUUGUACUCUACUUACACUCAAGGGUCAUCUAUCGCAGGUUACAUGUGGAUGUGGACACGUUAAUGGAUUUAAGCUGACCGACAUCCAGUCAAAAGCCGGAACUGAUGAAUGCAUUUACGUACACACUUGCACCACUUACUCUGUUGGGACUAUUUGAGUCAGAUAAUGUACAAAAGUAACACAGUUAAUAUUACCAUUUUAAAUGUUAGGGUUUAAUACCUGCAGAUACUGUUCCCACAAUGGUGGUUUAUUUGGAUUACAAGAUAACCACAUGCUGACCAAAUUAGUGAUACAUUUUUUAAGAGACACCUUGUUCUUCUUUUUUACUUACUUCCUUGAUGGAUUGGAGGUAUGACGGACAACCAUCUAGUAUUUCAGGACAUGAACUCCUCUCACUAUCUAUUGAUUCACCGUCUGGACUCGUCUGGACCUUUGUCUGGCAUGUGAAUAUAUAUCACUUAAACCUCAAGUGAUUUAAGUGCAGAUGGAAAGAAAUCUUUACAGCCGAAAUUAAAGGCUGGAUAUUAAGACAGUUUAAGAAGAUUUCAUAAACUUUAAUGUAUGCAGAAAGCAGACGUUCACUCCAGUGCAGGCUAUGUGACGCAGUGGAACAGAGCUACUUGAACAGACCGAGAGUUCGCUGAAAGGACAGGAGAGCCAGUGAAGUUUUAUCACAUGCGCGAAAAAAGCCUUUAAGCCAUGGUGAGGAUUAGCAGCUUUAAACUGCCAGAAGAAUAGCAACCUGUUACACAAGUGACUUUUUUUUUAUUUACUACUUGUGGCUUUAAUAACUUGUGUUUUCAGAGAUAUUUUUACUCUGUAUGAAUUACCUCAGCGUAUUCUGAUUUUUAUUACUUUUCAACACUGAAUUAGCCCAGAGUGAACAUAAAGACGUACUGUACAGUGGUGGCCAAAAGUAUUGAGACACAAGUGAAAAUGUUUUACUUACAUUCUCCAAAAUUUUUAAUAAUGGCAAUUAAGAUUUAUUUUAUGCAAUGAAAUUUUUAUACAACAAUCAAUAUUUAGUAUGAAGUCUUUGUUCUUCAAAACCUGCUGGAUCUGGUUGGGCAUAGAGUCAAAAGACGUCUUUGUACCCUGGUGUCCCUCACUCAAUCCGUGCCUGCUUGAUUGCAUCAUGUUUUUUGACUGCCUUCUUUACCAUUGUUCAUCAGUUUACUUCUGGGUUUAGGUCUAAAAACGACCCAGGCAAUGGUUCCAGAAGUUGAAUAUCAUUGUCACAUAGGAGUUUUUCACUAAGUUUUAAUUAUAUAAGUUAAUUACAACUUUUCAGCCAGAUAGGCUUGAACUAAUUAGAAAUUAAUACGUAAUAUGUUGUCUCAAUACUUUUAUCCACCACUGGUACUACACUUCUGCAGCUUUUUUAUCAUCAAAUGAUGACACAUUGAUGAUUUUGUUCCACACCCAGACUAGCUGCUCUUUAUUGAUGUUUUGUAAAUACUUG